AUGCGUUACGGACGCGGUACCUAUGACGGUACUUGUGUUUACGUACGGCAGGAUAGCUUAGCUAAGGCGGAGGGUGUGCUUGGUCGUAUACACGACGCAGAAAGCUCCUAAGAUAACUUUUGGUUCCUUGACAUUUCGUAAAUGGAGAUGCGUAUAGACGCGGGACGCGUUUAAUAUAACGUAAACAAACAGGGCCAUGUGCUACACGUGUAAAAGUUGAGGAAUGCUGCACAUGGCAGCAUAUAUUAUCUGUAACUCAAGCUGUGCGCGUGGAAUUAGUGACAUAGAAGGUCACCAUGUCUAACCACGAGAAGCUCGUCGUUCGGCACAGGACCUCUCAGGACGGACAGACUUGUGGGUGCGGGCGGCCGGCAUUUCCCAUCAAUGCGGCUGCUCAGAUGUCACUGAACUGCAGCGCAUGUAAGGUUAGUGACGAUGAGGACUUGCCGAGGAUUCCCAAGAUUCCAGUACAGAACAUAAUCCUGAGACUGCAACAUCGAGAAAUGUACGCCGCCAAGCAAAACGUGUCACCGUUGCACGUCUCCCGGCGUCUCCACCAAAACGCCUGCCCGAACUUCACGGUCGUCAACGUGGAAAAGCCGCCGUGCUUCUUGCGAAAGUUUUCGCCCGAUGGCAAGCACCUCGUGGCUUUUUCGUCGGAUCAGACCUCAAUCGAGAUCUACUGGUACCGGGGGCCCUGUGCAGCUGCUCAUCUCUUGAGGGGAUUCAGUGGGGACCACUUGGGAUCGGGAGCCGAGUCCGCUCAAGUGCGGAGCACUAUUUUCAGCGAGUUCUUCCGGCUUCGUCACAUUGUGAACGUGUCGGGUAACGGCGGUGAGCAGCUGAAUCGCGAGUGUAGCUUGUUUGCUGACGACUGCCGUCACGUCAUUGUGGGGUCAGCCAUGUAUGUUCCUGAGGAACCGCACCCGUUCUUCUGGGACAUGCACCGCAACAACGAGUCAGUGUCUCCGAACCCCCGCUCUCCUCUGGAGGACUAUUCGCUGCACCUUGUGGAUAUGGUCACCGGCACCCUCAAAGACAAACGCACGUUCAAGACGGACAAGAUUUUUCUGUCUCACAACCAGGGUCUUUACCUUUACCGGGACACACUGGCCGUUCUCUCAGUGCAGCACCAGACUGUGCACAUAUUUAAGGUCACAAAGGAAGGCCAGUUUGUCGACGUCCGCACCGUGGGGCGCUUUUGCUAUGAGGAUGAUGAGCUGCUGGUAUCAUCGGCAUUCCUGGCGACUGGCAGAAGCGAGCAGCGACCGUACUGCGAACGUACUCUCAACUCACUCAAGCACCGCCUGCUGGUGCAUCUGUAUCGCCAGGCUGAAGCUGAAAAAAACCCAACGGCACUGCGUAAGUUCUAUCAGCACUUUGACCAGCUUUGUGACCUGCGGCUGUGGAAGAUGCAGCUACUGGACGAACGACAUCUGCUGCUCAAGUAUGCCAGCGAAGAUGUUGUCUCAUUCCGGCUCUCGGACCCUAACUCCCAGCCGUCCUUCUUUGUGGUUUACAAUCUGGUGACCACUGAGGUGCUGGCUGUCUACGAGAACACAUCUGAGGAGCUGCUGGAGCUGCUUGAAAACUUCAGUGACCUGCUGCGCAAUGCAGCGCUCCACUCGGAUGCCCAGCUCAUUUGCUCUCCCUCCAACAACAUUCAUGCACGGCUGGUACAGCAGAGGUUCAAGCAGACCAUUGUGAAUGCCCGUUAUGGGGGUCAGACAGAGGCAGUCAAGCGUUUAUUGGCGCAGCUGCCCAUCAGCUCACAGUCAUACAGCAACAGUCCCUACCUAGACCUGGCACUUUUCAGUUACGAUGACAAGUGGGUGUCAGUGCUGGAGCGGCCUAAGGCCUGUGGAGACUAUCCCAUCCGUUUCUACGCACGUGACUCUGGCCUCCUGAAGUUCAAGAUCUACGCAGGCUUGCAAGGGCGCAAUGCACCACCAGCAGCACGGCGGCUCGUCGCCUUCACCUUCCACCCGUACGACCCCUUUGCCAUCAGUGUACAACGAACCAAUGCUGAGUACGUAGUCAACUUCCACAUCCACAAUUCUGACACACCUUUUACAUCUUGAGGAAUGUUGGCAGUUAGCCACCAAGAAUGAUUUAUCAUGGCACAAAAGUCUGUCAGGGACAAAACUUGUGGACCUUAUUUGUUGGAAUCUAGAUGUGUCCGGUGAUUUAGAUUUCUUUCGCAGUUCCUGUGGUCUCCAAACUCUUACCCAUGUUGUACAGUGCUAUAUGCAAUUCCCUUGUGUUCAUUCGUGUGUGCGAAAUUGGAUUGCAAGUACAGUCCAUCUUCUGCACACCUGGCCACAUAGUCUAUGAUAUGGACUUGCGAAAGUGAACGAAAAACUUGUAUGAGAGGAAAUUUGUCAUAAUGCAAGAUUUUACCUAAAGGUGGUUAUCUUCCUCACGCAAUUAAACUUUUUGAGAAGGCAGCAUUGUUUAACAGUGUAGAGGUAUAAACAAUUUAUUUUGCAUUUACCAUAAGUUUUAACAGAGACAAAUUUGUCCUGACUGCGUGAAAAAAAAAAAAAUCAUGACACUGAACCUAAUUACGCCGAGUGCAGUUCACUUGGUUACUGUCAGCAUAAAUUGCUACGCGAACAAGUUGAAAAUUACUUGCGUGUAUAUUAUGUUUCCCAGUUUGCCUCGGCAGACAUAAAAAUUGUGUAAUAAUCAUUGAUUAACUGCUCAGUUACCCAAUAUUUUUAGGGAGCACGUUGCAAUGCCGAAUUGAAGCUGAUCAGUGCUCAAGGCAUAUCCACUUGGAGGGCCUCCAGACUUGGGGUAAAAUGCAUUGGUAUAGCAAUUACUUUUUUUUUUCCAAGAAAGUUUUUGUUAAGUACUGUUCAACAGAUCUGUAUGCAAGAGUACAUUUUGUGGCAGCUUUUCGGGACAAAAUAUCUGGUAGUCUCAGGAUUCCUACUAACUGGACAUGCGUUCAGCAUUGACUAGCUUUAUUUGCACGAUUGCAACAUGUGCCCUAAGGUAAUAAAUUAAAAAGUAUAACUUGCACAUUUUACUUCAUUAAGGAGAUGAUCAUAAUUAGUGCAAAUCUCUGCUGUACUUCACACACAAUCACCUCUUUAUCUAUACCGCACUGUUUUUAAGAUUUAAAGGUAUUUACUGAAACAUCCGGUAUAACAUACCAGAUUACCAAUACUUUAUUAAAAGAUAGGCAAAGAAAGUUGUAGCAGUUACUCAGCAAUGUUGCAAUUUGGCACACACCCGAGGUCCAUUUGAUUCACCCUGCAGUGCGUGAACUAAUUCAUUUUGGUUUAGUGCCAGUUCCCUGGUCGUGCAGAAUCGGCCUGGCACCUUCUGCUUAAGCGCUGCACUACACGUCCCACGAGUCCGGGGAAUGCUGCAAACUCGUUCUGCAUGAAGCCCACACUAGCUGAAGCAAGUAGUGAUGUGCAGACGAUUCCAUGUCGUUGUUGAAAUGAAUAGCAAAGUGCACCACCUCCUGAACUAGUUCAGGAAGUGCAGACAAAUUGAAAGGACCUUUUGGUGGUUGCCUGCAUUUGCAAGUUUAACCCAUUUCCAUGCUGGCUGGUUGCAGCUGUUCUGGAAGCUUCGUGUUCAAGCUUUGCGUUGUGGCAACAUAGUAUUUAGUAGCUAUCUGUCAUGUGCAAAAAUUGAGAAACUAGCUCAAGCAUUGUAAUGAUCUUGAACUGCUGCAUGAUUACUCCCAAGGAUUAAUCGUGCUUGAAUUGGUCUCUAUAUAUUGUCACGUUGUAGUGACGGUGAAGAACACAGUAGCAAAACUGUGAAUCGAAUCACGAAAGUAACUUUUUAGUAUUGGGCGAACCUGUGCCCAUAAAAACAAGUUGCACUAUGAGCACGAUAGUGGAGCACAGUCGGCGAUUGCCGAAAUUUGAUCUGCGGGUCAAGCACGCCGGCUUUUAUACAUGACUCGUCGAACAUUCUGGCAUAAUCGCUGGUGCCUGCGCACCUUCCAGAAAGUGCAUGACACAAUUCACGUCAUCCAUACAAAUCUGGUUACACCAAGUUCAGCGAGAACAUACACAACAGAUAGAAUCAACAAUAACGAAUCAAGUAAGUUCCAAAUCAAGCAGGUGCAUCUUGUGCUGAGCGAUAAACUUAACAGGUGAAAUGCAGUUCCCGGAAAAAGAAUAAAUAAGUAUGCGUGUCAUUGCCCUCCUCUUAAAAAGCAUCAUCCCAAUGCCACAAACACGAGGGCAAAAACUAAAGCACACAUAGUAAAAAAUAAAUAAAAAAGAAACAAUGUCUCAAGAGUUCGUUAUCGCUGGUCGAAAGGCUUGUCAAUAUUGAGACUGGGCACACACGUCCAAUCAUGUUUUUCACUAUGUAUUGAGAUUUCUAGGCUGCUUGUAAACAUUGCUGCAUCUUUUCUCUAGUCACGGGAUUCCACGCAUGAGCAUACAAACUCUAAAUGUGUAACCGUACAUUGUUUGCUCUAGUGCUCUGUCCAUGGAUUUGUACCUAGCCUAUAACGCCUGUUUGCAGUAUUCUGAACUGUGUGUACAGUAUUUACAUGAAGUGCACCGUCAUCCAUUUACUGUUGAACAGAAGCCAAAUUUUGACACCUUGCUGUGCAUGUUAUUGGUAUUUGUAGCCUGUGAAAUUUACAAAAUGUAGCAUAUUGUGAAUUAUGGCAUGUACAGUGAUUAUAAUGCAUUCAAAUAUUCAAUAGAUUUGGAAGCCUUUGCAAGAUGCAACAAAGGGCAUCUCUCUGUGCUGCAAUUAUUGCAACUUUUACUUUGCAUUUGAUGCAUGUAAAUUAAUUGGGGGCUUUGUAUUGCUUUCCAGUGUGUUUGUUGUCUUCUGUGAAAUUCUGCAAAUACUGUAGUGAGAAAAUGGGGUUUAUUGUAUUGUCGCAACUAAGUUCACUUUGUUAUGUUGGCCUCUGAAUGAAAGCUGGAUCGUGCUAGGCAGUUCUUGUAUGUAUUUUGAUUUGAGUGCACUGUGUCCUUGUGUCACAAAUUUCCAUGACUGGCCCUAUUGUCACACUGAAAUCUUACCCCAUAUUGCCCUGGGCUGCUUUUUUGUGUACAUUUUCCUUUUGCAAUCCAUUAAUUACAGUCACUAUUGCAGAAAAUGUGCACGCAAAUCAUGUAUGAAUGGUUGGUAGACUUAUGAUUGUUUUGUGAGCAGAUGCACUUCAAUUAUGUUGUAUGUGUGCAUCUUUUUUUUUUUUAAUCGUAAUGAUGCCAAAGUUCUGGCUUGUGUUGUUCCAUGUACACAUGUGUUGGCUUUUUCAUGUCACAUUGCAAAUGCUCAUGGAUUAAUUUAUGCAGGGCUGUGGCAAGUGUGCAUCACAUCAUCAUAUCUCUUAACAGUUGAAUAGCACAUUCUGAGAUAAAUAGCAUGAACCGACAGAGACAGAAAACAGUAGGAUAUAAGAGGCAGACAGUUUUUAGUCUUCACUUCUUGUUUGUGCCAUAGUUGUUCCACUAAGACAUUAGACAUGCUAAACUGUUCCUGUACUGUUACUCCACAGUUCCGCUACACUUUCUUUGCACUUGGAAUGCAUGGCCUCUCUCUACUUGUUAUGCAUGUCAUGUCGUGCACAAGAGCUGCUAAAAGGAAUAUUUGUGCAAAAAUAAAAUUUCUUGACUUGGGUGCGACGGCGAAAAUAGUGAGCAAUGUAAUCAUGGAAAUACUUGUUUUCAAAAUUUACAAGCAGUAGACGUGACAAACGACACAGGACGCACUCCUUUUGUCCAUGUCCGCAAGACAUUAUACGUUUACUACUCUUGCUGCUCGUAAUGGAUCACCAACAAGCACAGAUUGUCACCUUAGUUCAACAAAGUGUUUAGCAAGCCUUUGCAGAAGGAGGAUUUUAUUUGCUGCGAUGAAAUUCUGAAAGCCUUUGGCAUUGGCCAUUGUGCGUGCAGAUCUGAAGGCCCUUUUUUUUUUUUUUG